UCCCUCAAAUCAUAAAUACCCUCCCAUCGCGACGCCGAGGCUCAGAUCAGAUUCCGACCACCCAGGUUCUGUUCCCAAUCUCCUCGUGUUCGCUCGUGUCGCGGUUUCCAGGAACGCCUCCGGCUCGUCGCUCCGCAGAGAUCUCCGCCCCUGCAAAGAUGCAGAUCUUUGUUAAGACCCUCACUGGGAAGACCAUCACCCUGGAGGUGGAGAGCUUAGACACCAUUGACAAUGUCAAAGCCAAGAUCCAGGACAAGGAGGGCAUCCCCCCGGACCAGCAGAGGCUCAUCUUUGCUGGCAAGCAGCUAGAGGAUGGUCGCACCCUGGCAGACUACAACAUCCAAAAGGAGUCUACUCUCCACCUUGUCCUGCGUCUGAGGGGUGGCAUGCAGAUAUUUGUGAAGACCCUCACUGGGAAGACCAUCACCCUGGAGGUGGAGAGCUCCGACACCAUCGACAAUGUCAAGGCCAAGAUUCAGGAUAAGGAGGGCAUCCCCCCGGACCAGCAGAGGCUCAUCUUUGCUGGCAAGCAGCUUGAGGAUGGUCGUACGCUUGCUGACUAUAACAUCCAGAAGGAGUCCACCCUCCACCUUGUCCUCCGUCUGAGGGGUGGAAUGCAGAUAUUUGUGAAGACCCUCACUGGGAAGACCAUAACUCUUGAGGUUGAGAGCUCUGACACCAUUGACAAUGUCAAGGCAAAGAUUCAGGACAAAGAGGGAAUCCCACCUGACCAGCAGAGGCUCAUCUUUGCCGGAAAGCAGCUUGAGGAUGGCCGUACUUUGGCUGACUACAAUAUCCAGAAGGAGUCUACUCUUCACUUGGUCCUCCGCCUCCGAGGAGGGAUGCAGAUCUUUGUGAAGACACUUACUGGGAAGACUAUCACGCUCGAGGUCGAGAGCUCUGACACAAUUGACAAUGUCAAGGCAAAGAUCCAGGACAAGGAGGGCAUCCCACCGGACCAGCAGCGAAUCAUCUUUGCUGGAAAGCAGCUGGAGGAUGGGCGGACAUUAGCUGAUUACAAUAUCCAGAAAGAGUCUACUCUUCACUUGGUCCUCCGCCUCCGAGGAGGGAUGCAGAUUUUUGUCAAGACCCUCACUGGAAAGACCAUCACACUUGAAGUUGAGAGCUCAGACACGAUUGACAACGUUAAGGCCAAGAUCCAGGACAAGGAAGGCAUCCCACCAGACCAGCAGCGGCUUAUCUUUGCUGGGAAGCAGCUCGAGGAUGGGCGCACAUUGGCAGACUACAACAUUCAGAAGGAAUCUACUCUUCAUCUUGUCCUGCGUCUCAGGGGAGGGAUGCAGAUCUUUGUCAAGACAUUGACUGGCAAGACCAUCACCCUGGAGGUGGAGAGCUCCGACACCAUUGAUAAUGUCAAGGCCAAAAUCCAGGACAAGGAGGGAAUUCCUCCAGAUCAGCAGAGGCUCAUCUUCGCUGGGAAGCAGCUGGAGGAUGGACGUACCUUGGCAGAUUACAACAUCCAGAAGGAAUCCACUCUUCAUCUGGUCCUCCGCCUCCGAGGUGGCCUUGUUAACUAAGGGGUCAAGCAGGAAUGUCCUGCUGCAGAGUUGAUGUGGUUGGAACUUGUAGUGUGAUACCCUAGUACCUCGCAGUAUUCUGUGUUUCAUCGUGUAAACUCUGCUAUUACUUUUGCUAUCGUACUCAGUAUUCUGGUUUCUUUUCAGCCACUUUACAGGUGCUGAAUGUUGCAAUUAUGCUCGUUCGUGAUAUUCUGUUGGCUUC